UUACCCCAUGCACAUCUGGGGAGAAAACACUCAAUUCUUUUUUUUUAAAUAUUCAUAGUCAAACCAUGCAUGCCGGCCUUUUACGUAGUAUUUAUUUACGCCCACACCAUUUUCCCUGCUUGUGAGAGAAGUGCAAAUCAUUUAGGCCAAUUCAUUUCUCUUUUCAUGAUCGUCGCCUAAACUUGAAAACAUGAAGAGCCCGAUACUCUGGAUUCUGGCUUUGUAUGUGUUGGUUUCCUUCAUUAUUACUACUCACUCAGCACAAGUUGUUGCAGAUGUUGGUAACUCAGGUUUCAUAAGCAUAGACUGUGGAGCAAGCAAAGAUUACGUUGAUGAAGAAACAGGGAUUUGGUACGAGACAGAUGAAGGCUUCAUAGAAACUGGAACCAAUCAUGAAGUGUCCCCCAGUUUUGCAAUCUCCAAUUUUCCAUACCUACAACGACAGCUAAACACGCUAAGAAGUUUCCCUCAGGGAAAAAGAAACUGUUAUACUUUGAAACCAAAACAAGAGGAUGAUGAGAAUCACAAGUACAGGUACAUUAUCAGAGUUAUGUUUGCAUAUCAAAAUUAUGACUACAAAAACGACAUACCCAAGUUCGAUCUCUACUUAGGGGUUAGUUUUUGGCAGACAGUUCGAUUGCCUUCGACAAAUUCUUUCCACUAUUAUGAAUUAACAAUCCCACAGCUUACCAAUGGCAUGGUACAAGUGUGUCUUGUAGAAACCGGAGAAGGCAUACCUUUCAUUAACACUUUGGAAUUAAGACCACUGAACAACUCUCUCUAUUCCUCUCCAUUUCCCUUGUCUCCCCAAAGGACAGAUUGUGGCUACGGGCCUGCUAUUGAUAGGUUCAGGUACGAAGACGAUGUGUACGAUCGCUUGUGGCCAAGAUAUGACUAUAAGGAUCCCAUUUGGGAUGUCUUGAGAACUACAGGUGCACAAGUCAGAAUAGAAAACUCCACUUAUAAGCUACCAUCAGAAGUAUUACUCACAGCAUGUCAACCCCAGAACAAUUCCAAUCUCUUAACUGCAAAUUGGAGUUUUAAUGUAGCCAGACAAUAUUAUUUGUACCUUCAUUUCGCUGAAAUCCAAAAGCUUCCUUCUGGCAAAAAGAGGAUUAUCAAUGUCACUUUUGAUGAUGAAAAUUCGCCCUCUCAGGAACUUGCUCUUGAAUACUUGAAACCAGUAACCCUAAUUUCCAACUUGAUAAGUAGUAGGAGUUAUGUUAGCUUCACAGUCAGAGCAACGGUUGAUUCUUAUGCUCCUCCUAUCCUCAAUGCCUUUGAGAUUCUUAAUGUCUUCCCACUGCCAAACUCCCCUACAGAUGCACGAGACGUUAAUGCCAUCAUGAGAAUCAAGCUUACUUAUGGCAUCUCAAAAAUUAGUUGGCAAGGCGACCCAUGCGUGCCAUCUGCCUUUGCAUGGGAAGGUGUGAAUUGUAGCUCUGGCAACAAUACAAGAAUCGUUUCACUGAACCUGAGCUCAAGCAAACUAACAAGAGCAAUAGUUAAGUCGUUCGCCGAUUUGGAAAAAUUGGAGUCCUUGGAUUUGUCGAAUAACGAAUUGACAGGAGAAUUACCAGAAUUUCUUGCAAGUCUUCCUAAUUUGAAAUUCAUUAAUGUGACUGGAAACAAGCUCACCGGUCCGAUUCCGACGGCUUUAAAGGAAAAUGCUAAAUUGAAUAUCAGUGCGGCCAACAAUCCAGGCCUUUGUGAGAGAGAUUCAUGUGACCAAGAAAAAAAGUUUGUAAUUCCUCUUACUACAUCAAUUGGAGUUUUAGUCCUUAUAGCCAUUCUUUCUUCGAUGAUUUGGAGACUCAGAAGAGACACAAGACAAGAUCUGUCAACAGAAUCCCCGAAAAUGGAAAUUCUAAAACAAAAGAAUCGAGAGUUCUCUUACUCACAAGUUCUUGAUAUCACCGACAAUCUCAAAACACUUAUUGGCGAAGGAGGGUUUGGGAAAGUUUACCUUGGUACUUUGGAAGAUGGUUCUCAAGUUGCAGUCAAAUUACUUUCUCCCUCAUCAAAGCAAGGAUACAAGGAAUUUCAAUCUGAGGCUCAACUCCUAGCGGUUAUUCAUCAUAGAAACUUAGUUUCACUUGUUGGGUAUUGUUAUGAGAACAACAUAAAGGCAUUGAUUUAUGAAUAUGUGGAUAAUGGGGACCUUCGCCAACUCUUAGAGAAGAACUCAAAUGUUUUGAAGUGGAAUCAGAGACUUCAAGUUGCAAUUGACACUGCAAAAGGAUUGGAAUAUCUUCAUACUGGUUGCCAUACUCCUAUAAUUCAUAGAGACUUGAAGCCGUCCAACAUUUUAUUAAAUAAAUUUAUGGUAGCCAAGAUUGCUGAUUUUGGACUAUCCAGAGCCUUUACAAACGAAGGAGAUUCCUAUCUAUCAACUCAACCUGCUGGUACUCUGGGUUAUAUUGAUCCUGAAUUCCAAAGAUCUGGACAACUAAAUAAGGAAAGUGAUAUUUAUAGUUUUGGAAUGAUUCUUCUUCAGCUAAUAACUGGCCGUCCUCCGAUAAAGAGAUCAGGUCCUAGGACUAAUACUUUCAUUCUUGAUUGGAUUCAACCUAAAAUUGAAUGUGGAGAUAUUCAAGGCAUUGUUGAUCCAAGACUAGCUAGAGAAUUCUAUGUUACAUCAACCUCGAAAGCUAUUGAAGUAGCAAUGUCAUGUGUCCUACCAACACCAUCCCAAAGGCCAGAAAUAAGUUAUAUAUUGCAAGAACUACAAGAAUGUUUAGCUUUGGAGAUGGAUCAUACAAGAAUAGAUAACACUAUUUGAAGUAGCAAUUCACUUGAUUAUAGUGUGAAUAAUGAAUCAAUGACUACUCUCUCUGUUAGGUAGUCACACUUUUUCUACUAAACAAUACCAAACUUAAGCUUGUGCAUUAUCUAGUGGGAUAAGGCAUGAGCCUUGUGAAGAGAGGCAAGAGGAAAACCAUAGAGAAACAUUCAUAAUUGUUGAACAAAACUUCUUGAUUAUCACAACGGCAUCAUGCAAUCCAUGUAGCCAAGUAGUCAAAUAAAACUUCUUGUCGAUGUUGUAUGCUUGUAUAUUGCACAUUAUAUACAAAACUCUCCUCUUUGAAUGAUUAUGAUCAAAAGAUAGGCUACCCUUGAUUACAAGUUUUUUGAAGCCUUUUAACACAAUUUUGAGACUCAUUUGAAGUAGUUAAGAGGAAGCUCGGAUGACGCAUGAGAUUUGGAUCUGAAUCAUGACCCCUCGGUGCUCAUGAACGAAGAAGACAGAACGACAAUGGAGAAUGCAUAGUGCUUUGGCAUGGUUCUUUAGAGACGGCGUGGAUUGUGGCGUUGACGGUGUUGACUUCAACGAGAUAAGGGAGAGGAAGGGAGAGAUGAUGAUUUUUAUUUUUAUUUUUGGGAGGGGGGCUGUCAAAAGAUAGCUGAUUGUGGGGUUCAUUUCCUUUUUAAAAAAAAAAAUUUAUUGCAUAUGGAAGCGCUCCACUAUGUCAAUUGUCCUGUAGGCUAUUGUUUUAUUUUAUAAAUUCAUUUUUUU